AGUCAUUCAAUUUUGCAAAUUUUGUUUAGUACAGGCUGAGCUUAGUGAGUUACAUUUGCGUCGAUAUGAACUGGGUACUCAUUUUCAUUCUGGUCGUAAUAUAUACCCUUGCUGCUACGAAUGCAACCCCUCUGAUUGAGGGAUCUGAGACUCUAAUUAAAACCCCCAGCAGCGCUUGUCGAGGUGGCCGUCCAGGACGCAGACAGACGACGACAACUUCAACCGCAAGGCCUAAUGCUGGUCCACCUGCAACAGUAGCGAAUACACCCGGAGCACAGCCUACUGUACGAACAACACUACCACCUACAUUACCUCCUGCUGCUACGAGGCAAGCCCCAGUAACAAUCGCACCUGACUCCGAAUUUAUAUAGGAUGUACCUGGAUCAAUAAAUCUAGUCUAGUGAAAUAGUGCAUCAUGUUGUUAUUUAGAAAAAUCAGUUUUGAGUACUCACAUUGGCUGGUGAGAAGAGUUUUGUGGAAGCACAGCCUUCAUCUAGCAUUUCCUCUAGUCACGUAAGUAAG